AAAAAUGUUCAACGAUUAAUUGGUGGAAGACUACUCGUCAUUUCUGACUCUCGCGGUAUUGCUGUACGAAGAUGGCGGCCGAACUGGUGGAGGCGAUGAACAUGGUCAAAAGUUUCCGGGUGUCAGACCUGCAGACGCUGUUGGCCUCAAUGGGUCGCAGCAAAAGUGGGCUGAAGCAGGACCUGGUGGGACGUGCGUUGAGGCUGGUGCAAACAGAGUAUAGCCCAGAACUUCUGAAGAAUGUCAGGCAGCUUUAUGAGUCGCGAUUUCCCAAAACAUCUGGGUGGCUGGCGGCGCGGCGUCCAGAGGGUGUCCCGGUUGCAUAUUCAUCCCUCAGCUCUUCCCCCAAUGCCACCUCUCAGGGCGCAGACUACCUCAAUGGCAUUUCCAAACCGCUCCCCACACCAGCAGCCGAGGUCAAGCUGGUCCCACUGCCCUUCUACCAAACUUUAGAGACCCUGCUGCCACCAACAGAGCUAGUUGCCCAGAACAAUGACAAACUUCAGGAUAGUCAGUGCAUCUUUGAAUUAACAGCAAACCAAGCAGACCAGAUCAGGAAUGCAAGUGAGCUUCGUCCAGGAAUCCGAUCAAUCCAAGUGGUUCUUAGAAUCUGUUACUCGGACUCUAUUGGAGUUCAGGAGGACCAGUAUCCUCCCAACAUUGCUGUCAAAGUCAACCAGUCCUAUUGUCAUGUGCCGGGAUAUUACCCAUCUAAUAAGCCUGGGGUUGAACCUCGUCGUCCUUGUCGUCCUGUAAACAUCACUCCCUGGUUGCACCUCUCCAGUAUCACCAACAGAGUCACCAUCACCUGGGGAAACUUUGGCAAGCGUUACUCUGUGGCAGUGUAUUUAGUGAGGGUCUUCACCGCAGCAGACCUCUUCAAUCAGCUGAAGCUUUGCUCUGUUGAAAGCGCAGAACGCUGUCGUGAACGCAUCCAAGACAAACUUCGUUUUGAUCCAGAGAGUGAAAUUGCAACCACAGGCCUCAGAGUUUCUCUUAUCUGUCCGCUGGUGAAGAUGCGGCUUGGUGUACCAUGUCGAGUUUUAACUUGCGCCCAUCUCCAGUGUUUCGACGCAGUCUUCUUCCUGCAGAUGAACGAGAAGAAGCCCACAUGGACUUGCCCCGUCUGUGACAAGCCCGCUCCAUUUGAGCUGCUAACAAUUGAUGGGCUGUUAUCUGAGAUCCUGAAAGAGACGAGUGAAGACUUUGAGGAGAUCGAAUACUUAACAGAUGGUUCCUGGCGACCCAUCAGAGAUGAGAAGGAGAGGGACAAAGAAAGAGAACGCAGUCACACACCGGAGUACCCUGUUGUUGAUAUAUGCAUUCCUGAAGCAAACGGUCAUUCACCAGCCCACAGCAGCACCAGUCUGACGGGCAAAUCUGGAAGUGGUUCAGUUGGGAUGACUGGGGUCACGGGAGGACCUGCGGUGGCACCGGGAGGAGGCGUAGUGGUAGAUCUGACUCUAGACUCCUCCUCCGAGGAAGAAGGGGGCGGGGCUGGAGGGGACAGUGAGGACACUGAGGACAGCGCCGACAGUGCUGCCCCCAAGAGGGGCCGAUACAACUACGACAAGGACUUGGUCACUGCGUACUGACCCCGCAGCCCUGUCCCCUCAUAGACUGACACACAGAAACAGAGAGGCAGGGGGCUUAAAACUUGAGGACAGAAACAUGGUAAUCCACUAGAUGCAACAAACCCUCCCUUAUGCCCAAACAUCAGAGCCUUUUAGCAGCUCUGGUUAAAAUUCUGACAAAACAAACAGACUCAAACACGCUGUCUCAAUACAUUUGCAGUCUCGAGUGAAGAGGAUUCCUCUUUUUACUGUACGCCACUGGAAGAAACCCUGUUCAGCCAAAUGCCACCUUGCAGUUUGCUGUGUUUGUACCAUCCUGCUUCUGCUAAAGAGGCUGAAUGGAUAGAUCAUCCCACCGGCACCACCACCCUUGCUCCUCUUUUUCCAGACUAUUCCCCCUCACCAUCCCUCUUUGUAUAGACUUGGAACUACAGGCUCUUUUAGCCAUUGGCGUUCGAUGGUUGCAUCUGAUUUUUGUCACGCUUGUGAUGAACAGGCAAGGUGAAAAUGGAGGCUCUGUAGUGUUUGGUAGAAGGUGAAAAACAAAUGAAAAGGCCAGAAUAAAUUGGAGGGAAGCAGUGAUAUCUGGAGUGUGAUGGAAAUUUAAAUCUGUUGUGUUCUUUGUUCACAGAGUUUAUUCAGCACUUGAAAGCAUUUUUUCCCCCCUGAAAUUCAUCCACUUACUUAUGAAAGGGCAGGACAUGGUAGUGAAUCUGUGAUUCCUUUUUAAUUUGUCCUUGGAUAAAAAGAACCUACCUCAGUCAUAAAACUUAGCAGACUGACAAGGGAGUAGUGCGAAAAGAAGUGGAGGACAAAGAAUUAACGACUUUCUGAAACCAAUUUUACACUGGAGAUCAUUUUCCUACUAUUUUUGUUUUCUAUUUUUUAACUUACUUUGUUCCAUGCAUCUGUGUUCCCUUUGCAGCAGUAAUGUUGGUUGAAGGAGAGUUAGUAGAUUACCAGGCAAACUGUUAAGUGUAAAUAAUGCAGAGUUGUGGGAGGUAAAGUGCCACUUGGUAAAACAUGACUAAAAUUAUUUAAGAAUUAUUAGGGCCAAUAUUUCAUAACUUCAUAUGGACAUAACUUGUUAAAAUUAUUGUAUGGCACGUAUGCCAAAGCAAAUAUGUUUAAGAAUUCCCUGAUUGAAAAUAGUUGGUUUUCGUGCCUUUUUCUUUUUUUCUUUUUCUUUUCUUGAGUAAAUUGGAGCCCAUUGUUUGAAGGCCAGCUGAGCUGGCUGGUAGAUGGCUGGUGAUGCUCAGUCU